UAACAUACAAAUUUAAUUCAAUUAAAAGAAAGUUCUGAAAGAAGACACUGAACAAAUUGGUUAGUACUCAACUUGCUGCAAGAGAUUUACUAUAAUAAAACUAUUUUUUAUUUUUGGUAAAAAAGAAAACUAUAUUUUCUAAAGAUUAAACCUUCUUUGUGAGAAAGAUUGAGCUCAAUUAUUUGUACUAAUAAAUGGAAAUAAACAAACAUUUGACUAGCGCAUGCAUUUUAUAAUUUUUGUAAGGUUGAGAAAGUUAAAAAUUUACACAAGCGGAGCCAUUUAACGGCGUUAGACACCGUCACUGGCGGCCAACGGUUUGUAACACAUCAACGUCCUCAAAACGACAUAACGGCGUCAUUGGCCAAUAACUCCCCCGACAUUUGUAAGGAUUUGGCAGAAACCGUUUCCAUAACACAACGUCAUACUACUCUCUCUGUUUCUUCUCUCUUUAUAGAGAGAGACAUACAAAGGUUUUGCUCCAAGAAAGAAACUUGCGGUACACACACAUAUUUACAAUCAUCGUCAGCUUCUUCUCCUUCCUCUCCAAGAAAAAAAAAAACAAUCUUUUUGAUUCUUUAUCGAAUCUUCUGUUUCGUUUAUCAUCAAGAAAUGGGCAAGAGAGAUGAGAAAGCCGAAGCUGUUCUUCGUUUACUCAGGAAACAAACUCCACUCACUCUUAAACAAGAGAAGUUCUGUAACAGAGAAUGCGUGGAGAGAUUCUUGAAAGGGAAAGGAGACAACGUCAAAAAAGCUGCGAAGCAGCUAACUUCAUGCCUUUCGUGGAGACAAAACUUUGAUAUUGAGCGAAUGGGGGCAGAGGAGUUCUCGGCGGAGCUAGCCGACGGCGUAGCUUACAUCGCCGGCCACGACGGAGAAUCCAGACCCGUUAUCAUGUUCCGUUUCAAGCAUGAUUAUCAGAAGCUGCGUAGCCAGAAACAAUUUACGCGUUUAGUGGCGUUCACGAUGGAGACUGCGAUCUCGAGCAUGUCCAGAAACGCGGAACAGAGCGUUGUUCUACUCUUCGAUGCAAGCUUUUUCAGAUCAUCCUCUGCUUUUGCAAAUCUGCUUUUGGCAACCCUAAAAAUUAUCGCAGAUAAUUACCCAUGCCGACUUUACAAGGCCUUUAUCAUCGACCCUCCCUCCUUUUUCUCUUACAUUUGGAAGGGUGUACGUCCUUUCGUGGAGCUAUCUACUGUCACUAUGUUAAUCUCGUCUCUAGACUACGACGAGCAGCUAGAUAUUAGCCACGUGUCAUCAUCCUCAUGUCUUAGAUCAGCUUCCCUACGUUUCGAUCCAUCGUCGAUCAAAUCAACGGCUAAGAUUGGUUCAGCUUCUUCAAGAUUCGCCUUCACCGUAACUCGCAACUCAAUGAAGCCGUGGUACCUUUCCUUAACCGACACAUCACCGUUUCACGCCGCCGUCGACUCCACCGCUUCCAAAGUAUCUCCUCUCAGCGUGCGUUCUCUAUCUUUCGCGUCUCCGGCGGGGCGUGGCUUAAGAGACCCGAAACCAGCCGCAUGCAGAAAGAGUUUGUUUCCCUCGACGCCGUUGCCGGAGAAGACGAAAACGGUUCCGCACCGGAAAACUCCACGUCCGUCUUUUUUUCAGUCCCCGGCAAUGUUCUUUCGCGGGGAGAAAAAUGUCGGCGGAGGCGAGAAGUCAUCACGUGAAGCGUUCGUACCGUAUCUGAAGUUUUAUCGGAGACCGUACGAUGAGACGGCCUAUAGGUCUAAACUGCGGGGUCCACGUGGAUUUGUGUCAGUCGUGUCUUCGCACAGAAGAUGUCGCCACGUAUCUUUAUCUCAACGGUUCUAGUUAUGACGUUCAAAGACCAGAUUGGAGAGCAAAGUGUAUAUACUAGUUUUACAUUUAUCUGUUCCGACCACUCUCUCGUAGAGUAGGCUAGUAGCAGUCAUAUUACACUGGAGUAUUAUUAUUCAACGAGCUUGUUUUUUUUAUUUAUUUUUAGAAUCUCAAAAUGAUGGUUAACAUCCUCUCUUUUCUAAUAAAAUGCAUGCUAUCGUUUUUGUU